AGUUACAUUUAAUCUGGGACGUUAGCAAGCUAAUGUAAAACCUAUAUUCUGAGGUUUGUAUAAUCACUAUAAAAAGUUAUAAACAGUAUAAACAGCCUGCAUUUCCUCUAAAUCACUUCUAAAACAAUUGCAUUAAACUUCCCGACUAUAAAGAUUUUGGCACUGGAGACUCCUAUAAAAAGACUCUCCUUAAAGAAGCCUUCACCAUGUCAAUAAUGAUAUGUGACCCACAAAGCUGAAGAUGGGUGACUGGGACCUCCUCGGCCGACUGUUGGACAAGGUGCAGAAACACUCGACUGUAGUCGGGAAGAUCUGGCUGACUGUGCUGUUCGUCUUCAGGAUACUCGUGCUUGGAGCCGGUGCUGAGAAAGUGUGGGGCGACGAGCAGUCUGAUUUCAUCUGCAACACACAGCAACCCGGCUGUGAAAAUGUCUGCUACGACCACGCGUUCCCAAUCUCUCACAUUCGCUUCUGGGUGCUGCAGAUCAUCUCGGUGUCCGCUCCCACGCUGGUCUACUUAGGACAUGUCCUGCACGUUAUAAACGAAGAGAAGGGUAUAAGAGAAGCUAUGAAGAAGGCUCAGAAUGAUCAGGUUAACAUUUUUCAGAAGAAAGGCCUCAAACUCCCCAAAUACAGCAACGAUAAAGGGAAAGUCAGUAUCCACGGUCGUCUGCUGAGAAGCUACAUUUUGAAUUUGCUCUGCAAGAUCUUGCUGGAGGUCGGAUUCAUUUUAGGACAGUAUUACCUUUAUGGAUUUACGCUUCAUGCUCAAUAUGUAUGUAGUCGUUUUCCGUGUCCUCACAAAGUUGACUGUUUUCUGUCAAGGCCAACAGAGAAAAACAUCUUCAUUUGGUUUAUGCUAGCGGUGUCUUGCGUGUCCUUGCUGCUGAAUCUUAUUGAGGUCUUCUACCUGUGUGUCAAGAAGGUCAACGAGUGCCUGAACCGCAAACGCGACUACAACGUAACAUCUGUCACCCCGGUUUUGACAAAAAAGACGUUCGAAAACAAAGACCACAUGAUCCAGAACUGGAUGAAACGUGAGCUUCAUCUUCAGAAAAGGGAAGCUGCGAAUGAAGUGGGCAAGCACUGUAUUUUGGAAGACCACAACACCAAUGACGUAGAAGAGGUUCAUAUCUGAGCUUUGUAAACAGAACCUUUCUCAAGGCCAGUUGACACAAAUUUCCAUGAGACUGAGCACCUGUUUCUUCCAUGAUAAGAUAAUAAACUAUGCAGCCAAAAGUAUUCGGACGCCUGUCCA